AUGUGAGUUUGUUAAGUUUGUUUAUUUGUCAACAACAACCUUUGACAUUUUGGCAACAACUUAAACUUGUGGUUUGGCAUAAAUUUAGUUUAAAAAAACGACCAUGGCGGGUGUUGUACCAUCAAGAAGGUCAACAUCUGGCCGAAAACAGUGGUCAAUACAAGAUGGGGCCCGGUGUUCUUUAAAACGAUUAAGAAGCGAACUAGCAAACGACGGCUGUCCGGAAUCUCAGGUUGUUUUAGCAAAACAAUUACUUGAAGACCGAUGCGAUUAUCAAGCUGAGGAUAAACGAGAAAAUGCUCGAUUGGGGGUUUAUUGGCUGAUUAAAGCAUCCGAACAAGGAAAUACUGAAGCAACUGAUUUGUUAAAAAAAUGUCUUGAAAGUGGAAAAGGAAUCACCGAACAAAAUUAUUUAGAUGUUGAGGCUUGUAUUAGUAUAACUCAAGAUGAAAAAAUUGCUAAAAGAGCUGCUAGAAAAAUGUUUGCUAGUUUAUCAAAUGGAGAAGAAUAUAUUACAUCAGAACAGCUACAAAAGAGGAUGUUAGCAAUUGAACAUGAACAAGGAGAAUGUAGUUAUUCGAAAGCAUCUUUAGAUGAUCGAGGGGAUUAUUCAAAUGGUGAAUUAGUUAACAAUGAAGAUUUUGCUAGUAGUAGUGAAUCAGAUGAAGAAAUUGAUUGGACAAAUCGUUCUAAUUUUAACAAUGAAAAGCUUACUGAAGACCACCUCGUUGCAGCAGCCGUAAAUUACGCCCACGGUGAAAUUCCACGUGUAAAUCGCGUUUUAUGUUUAUCACAGCCAAGUCCUCACGCUCUCGAUCAUUUACCUCUCAUGCAACGUCCCAUUUUACAUCCAUUACUCGCCAUACAAAUUUUAUACUACAAAUUAAUCGAAUUCUUAGCCACAUUCGUGUUUUUACCGAAAUCAGAAACUCAAUUAUUAGUGUUUUUAUUUAUUUAUUCUUGGAUGGGUACAACUGAAAGUAUAGUUUAUUUUGUUCCUAUACUUUUAUACUUUGUAACGUUCGUUGUAAUGAUUGUAACAACGUUUCGAAUGUUAUACACAAAAAGAGAGUUUUAUGAUUUUCGUUUGUGGUCGGGGUUGUUUUUAACGUAUUCCGGUGGUAGUUUGAAUGCGGAAGAGGCGGAAAUUCGGUACAUAACGAAUCAUUUAAAACCGUGUUGGCAAUUUUUUAUAGCGCUUUUAAUUAAUUUAAUGUUAUACCCGGUGAUUGUUGAAAGGUAUAUUCCGCAAUCGGAAAUGACGGUCGUUGCAUUUUUAUUAACGUUUAUGACGUUGUUUGGGUUUAUGUAUAAAAAGCGGUCGAAAAUUGUUUAUGAUUAUCUCGUUUUGUUGAGUUUUGCGAUUAAUGUUUUGGCGAAAUAUCCGUAUGAUACGGAUCCGGUUGUAACUCAAGGUUGGAGGUUUCUCGAUUUAAAAAUUCCUACUUUUGCGACGUAUGUAAUUGGGAAUGGGAUUGAAUUUUGUAUUCAUUUUAGGGUUUUAUUGUACGCAUUCAUUCCAGUUUUGCUUUUAAAACUUGCCAGUAGGAAGAAGUGGCGUGGGAUUUAUAUGUACUUUAUCCCACACUGCGUUACAUUAAGUUGGUUACAAUUGGUUGUAAUUUCUUCACAAGGGGCUACCAUGUUUGGUUUGUUAAGAGGAACUUUGGCUUUAGUUGGGGUUGUUUUAUUUUUACCUUUGGUUGGUUUAACCACGAUUUUUUUGCCGGCGGCAGCCAUGGCGAAAUGGUUAGUUGCGACUAAUUUCAUUUAUACAAUUGGUUUAUUUAUAUUUCUAACCGCAUCAGGAAUUUUAUUUUGCAAACUUUUAUCAAAAACCCAGUUCAAAAACCUCACUCCAAUAUUCCAAAUUGUUUUCUCAGCCGUUUCAAUUUAUUUUUUAUUAAACUCAAUUAUUGAAAAUGAUUUCAUCAAUAAAUUAUCUGUGCCAAAGGACGUGAAACCCCUCGAUUACGAAAUUUACCACAAAUUCUGUCAACAACAAUCUUGGGAUACCGAAAACACCGUUUCAUCUCAAAUGCGUUGUUCGCAAUUGGAAAAUUUCGAAGUUCAUUGGGACGGAUAUUUAAACAACAUCAACUUGAAAUCGACAACAAAUAAUUUAAAAUAUUUUAUCGAUAAAUUCCCCGUUUUUAUCGCAAACAACCUCUAUUGUUAUUACGGAGAGGAAAUUACUGAACAAUGUGAUAGACUAAAACACACCGAAGAAGACUGUAGAAUAUUUUACGAAAUUGUAAAAUCAAAAACUCCAUGUACUUUAGAUCGAUUUAAUAAGUAUACAUUCGAAAUUACUUUACGUAUGCAAUCGGGAUUGUGGAGCGGCGGCGAUGAAAUCGUUUUGAUAGCAACCGAUCAUUUUAAAAAUUUUACGUCCGCGUUACAAUUAAACGACCACCUUUGGUUUAAGGGGCGGUUAAAAGCAAAUCAUUACGUGAUUUUACAAGAAAUCGGUUGCUUGGCAUGCCGAGAUAUGCAACUUACGGAAGUAAAAUUGAGUACUCAAAAAACUGGAUGGACUUUACAGGAAAUUUUAUCGAUUUUUUAUUCGGGCGUAAAAAGUGUCUUAAAUUUUAUGUUUAAUCCUGUCGUUGUGUUCAAAUGAAAUUCAAUUUGUGGCGUUUAUUCUAAAUUAAUUGAAAUAAUUGAUGUUAUUUAUAAAUAAAAAAGUAUAAAA